GCAGGUAUGAGGAGGCCAUUGAGGACUACAACAGGGCCAUUGAGCUGAAGCCAGACGAUGCCGUGGCAUUCUGCAAGCGCGGAAGUUCUUUGCGAGCUGUCGGCCAACAUGAGGCUGCCUUAGAGGAUCUUGACAAGGCCAUUGAGCUGGUUCCGGAGAAUGUCCUUUUCUUACGAAUCCGCGGUGAUUGCAAGCAGGCCGUUGGCAGGCAUGAGGCUGCGAUCGAGGACUACAACUUGGCGAUUGAGCUGAACCCAGAAGACGCGAUGGCAGUUGCUAAUCGCACAUUUUCAGAGUGCGCUCUAAGGAAGCUUGCCAAGGGGACUUCAAUAGAUGCGGAACUUGUGUGGCUUGUGGAGAAGCUGAAGCAAUUGCAGAAGGAAGUGAAUCAGCCCAUCGAUUGCUUGCUCAAGCAGGUGAUGGAACAGACAUUGGAUUUUGAUGAGGUCCCGGGCGCAGUGAACUCUAACCCAAACAUGCAGUUGCUGCCGCCCUCGCAGUUGGACCCGACAUCUGACAGCGGCUCCUCCGUUUGUUCGUCAGGCUCAUGGAUUGAUGUGGGUUCUCAAGGGUCUUGCUGCUUCCUCCCUGACACCUAUUUCACCGUUUUGAUGGAGGAUGGGGAGGUUCUUGCACCUGCCCGACGGCUAUUCCAGGGUGCCAGCGUCGUUGCAGCCAAUGGACGGACGACCGAGGUGACUUUUCCGCCAGAGCAACAUCAGGUCCAUGCCGUGAUCGAGCUGCAGGCAGGUGAUGCCUUUCUGGUGGUCAGUCCAGACCAUCGAAUCCUGGUGCCUGGAAACGUGACGGUCCAGGCACAAGACUUGCAUGUAGGGAGCGAAGUGAUUCUGGAUGGCAACCUAGCCGCCCUCACAUCCUUGAAGUGGAAGGUCGAGCCAACCAUUGUGCUGAAGAUAGGCUUCAAACCAGAUCUUCCAGUGGCCGCAUUUUUGCGUCCCCCAGCCAUUUUGAGUAAAGGCUUUCGUCAGAAGCCUUUCCGUCGUGGUAUUAGAAAGAAGGCUUCAACCUUCGCGCAAGGUGACGACGCACUCACCAUCCUCACCAUGCCAGAUACUGAAGGGUAUUUGACAGACUAAUUCAUUUAGAUAGAUUGCACAGCGGAGCAGCCGUGCUUUGGAAUUGAGACUGCUGCGUUUGUUUCCGAAACUUGUGCGUGUGCCGGUCCUUAUGAUGUCUAGCGGAACGCCGCACGGUUUAGACGUGGCAGUUUCUAGGGCGUCAAGACCCAUGAUUUGUCUUAGCGCACGCCCCCUUGUUGUGCCUAUGGCAGAUCACAAUCCUUGAACAUCUUACAAGAUUCUGGAUGUCGCGAAGCGGUGCAGCAAGAAUUCUUAACAAGGAACAGAGGCCAUUGAGCUAGACCCAAAUGAUGCCAUCCAAUUCCGCAGCCGUGGCCUCUCCAAACACAAUCUUGGCAGGUACGAGGAGGCCAUUGAGGACUACAACAAGGCCAUUGAGCUGAAGCCAAAUGAUGCCAUCGCAUUCAACAACCGGGGCAACUCCAAACACAGUCUUGGCA